AUGAAGAUUUUGAAACAUUUUGUGUAUGCAAUGUUGCCUCUUGUUUUUGUUCUUGUGCAUCUUGUUCACGCACAGGACCAGUCCGGCUUCAUUAGCUUAGACUGUGGGCUUCCAAAAGACUCCCGGUAUUCAGAGCCAACAACAAAGAUUGAUUAUAUUUCAGACGCACCUUUCAUUAGCAGUGGCAUAAGCAAGAGCAUAUUCCAAGCAUAUAAAGCAAACCAACCACGGCAUGUAGGAUUGGUAAGAAGCUUCCCUCAGGGAAGCCGCAACUGUUACAAACUAAAGGUUAGAAGAGCUGCCAAGUAUUUGAUCAGAGCCACUUUUCUGUAUGGCAAUUAUGACGGCCUAAAUAAGCUGCCCCAAUUUGAUCUGCACUUGGGACUUAAUAAAUGGGCUACCGUGAAUUUCAGCUCAGUAAAUUUAAUUACCAUGAGGGAAAUCAUACAUAUUACCUCGCAAAGCCAUCUGCAAAUCUGUCUUAUAAACAUAAACUCUGGGACACCUUUCAUUUCGGCAUUAGAGUUGAGGCCUCUUAAAAAUAAUACUUAUGUUACCUCAACUGGGUCACUGGCACUUGCCUAUCGCUACGAUAUUGGUUCAACCGCCAAUCAAUCAUACAGGUAUCCGUACGACCUAUUGGAUCGCCUCUGGACACCCUAUACGCAGAAAGACUGGACCACGGUAACAACCUCACAUACUGUAGAUGACAACAACGCUAGCGUAUAUGAUAGUUACCAGGUACCAUCUAUUGUGAUGAGUACCUCCGCGGCGCCAUUAAAGGCCAGGGGUGGUAGUGCUUCCUGGGAAUUCUAUUGGGAGCCCGCGGACCUAACAACCAAAUAUUAUGUGUACUGGCACUUUGCUGAACUCCAAAAGCUCCAAUCCAAUCAGUCCAGAGCAUUCCAAGUCACUCUGAAUGGGAAGUUGUGGUAUCCAAAAACUUUUUUCCCUACCUACUUAAAGUCACGGACCCUACACAGCAACUGGGCUUCGCCAGUAUCGAGUUAUAAUUUCUCACUUGUUCAGUUGGCAAACUCAACUCUCCCACCAAUCCUUAACGCCUUUGAGGUCUAUACUGUGAUAGAGCUCUUCUCCCAACCAGAAACAGACCAAAAUGAUGUCGAUGCCAUCAACAACAUAAAGUCAACUUAUCGAGUAAGUAGAAACUGGCAAGGAGAUCCAUGUUUACCAACAGAAUACUCGUGGGCAGGUGUAAAUUGCAACCACGAAUAUGUUGACAACCCUAGAAUCAUAUCCUUGAACUUGUCAUCAAGUGGAUUGACUGGUGAAAUAACUUCAUACAUAUCCAGUCUCGCCAUGUUAGAGUCAUUGGAUUUAUCAAACAAUACCUUAAUUGGAUCAGUUCCUGAAUCUCUAUAUCGAUUGCAGAAAUUGAGCGUCCUAAAUUUGAAAGGGAACAUGCUCACAGGUUCGGUUCCAGCUGAACUCAUUGAAAGGUCAAAGAACGGUUUUCUAUCAUUAAGCGUUGAAGAAAAUCAAGGUCUAUGCGCAUCGUUUUCAUGCAAAAAGAAGAAAAAUAUUCUCAUUCCUCUGGUAUCAUCAAUUGGUGCACUGCUUGUCCUGUUAAGUGCCGCAGCUAUCUUCGUGGCCCCAGCAUGGAAAAAGCAACAUGGUAUAGAUGCAAGAUCGACUGUCCAAAAUACUUCAUUGGAACCUAAACAGCGUCAAUUUACAUACUCUGAGGUCCUAAAAAUUACAAACAACUUUGAGAGAAUUCUUGGUAAAGGUGGAUUUGGAACAGUUUACCAUGGUCUCAUAAAGAGCACUGAUGUAGCUGUAAAGAUGCUUUCCUCUUCAUCGACUGAGGGGUAUCAUCAAUUUCAAGCAGAGGUUAAGCUUCUAAUGAGAGUUUAUCAUAGAAACUUGACAAGCCUUGUCGGAUACUGCCACGAAGGGACCAGGAUUGCUCUAAUCUAUGAGUACAUGGCCAAUGGAAAUCUACAGUCAUAUCUUUCUGCAGAGAAUACUAACGAAAAUGUGUUGAGUUGGCAGGGAAGAAUUCAAAUAGCAUUGGACGCAGCACAAGGAUUGGAGUAUCUACACAACGGCUGUGAGCCGCCUAUAGUCCACAGAGAUGUGAAGACCUCAAAUAUAUUAUUAGCUCGAAAUUUUCAAGCCAAGCUAGCUGAUUUUGGGCUAUCCAAAAUUUUCCCAACUGACAGUGACACUCAUGUUUCUACAAAAGUCGCUGGUACUCCUGGUUACCUAGACCCGGAGUAUUACAAAACAAACAGGCUAAAUGAGAAAAGCGAUGUUUACAGUUUUGGAGUAGUUUUAUUAGAGAUAAUCACAAGCCGACCUGCCAUAAGUAGAAGCCAGGAGAGGGCUCAUAUAAGCCAAUGGGUGAGUUAUGUGGUUGCUGAUGGGGAUAUUAGAAGUGUGAUUGAUCCAAGGUUAGAGGGAGACUUCGAAGUUAAUUCAGUGUGGAAAGCUGUUGAAAUAGCAAUGGCUUGCGUAUCUCCAACAUCCUUUCAAAGGCCAAGUAUGAACCAGGUGGUGGCUGAACUAAAAGAUUGUUUAGCAAUAGAGGAAGCUCGAAAAAACCACAUCCCUCUAAUUCAUGCGGCAGAAGCUGAUUCCGGUGAAAAGUUCUACGUAGCUUCGUCUACUGGAUCGAUCAAUCCCUUACCAAGAUAACACAGUUUAUUUAUUAUGAAAAUGUUGAUAGUAAAGUCUUUAU